AUGUUGUCGCCACUUCCACCACCACCCACCACUACCACCGCUUCCAUUACCACCACCACCACCGCCACCAUCACCAUCGCCGACACCACUACCACCACCACCGUCACCACCACCACCACUACCACCACCACCAAUAACCUCCGUUACCACCUACACCACCACCCUACCACUACCGUUGUUACUACUAACUCUAUCAUCACCACCACCACCUCUAUUUCCACCACCACCACCAGCGUCGCCGCCACCACCUACAUCCACCUCCACCACCGCCGCCACCAACACCCACCGCCACAACCACUACUGAAUCUACCAUCAACAUUAGUGAUGCCACUACUACCACCACUUCCACCUUCGUCACCACCACACACUGCCGCCAUCACCACCACUGUCGCUUCUGCCACCAUCACGGCCGCCGCCACCAUCGUUUACUAUUUUUAUAAUUUAUAUAAUAUAUCUUUACAUAUAAUUAUAACAUAA